CGAAAUUGAAAUAACGGAAAAAGUAAACAAAAACUUUUUGCAAUAAUUAUUUUCUUUUUAUAACUGAAAACUAUCAAGUAUCGUCAAUUAUUUCUAAGUGUACUUACUACUAAUUUAAUUGUUUACUCCACCAAGCCAUUGAUCAUGCCGCUAGUAAUAGGAGAAGAUUUCCACGAGAUCCUCUACAACCAAAUACGCUUGUUAACCCAGUUCUACCCGCCGACUCCAGCAUUCAAUCUCGUUUUCAAGAAAGAUUUCUCGAAAAGCAACAAGGCCAACGAGAUAUACGAAGUGGUAUAUUACCUAUUGAACAUCCUCGAUCCGGUAAUGACCAAGAAAAAGCUACCCUCAUGGCCUUUAAUAUCUCGCGACGACGAAAUAAACUUCAAGAAAGAACUGCUCGAGUACAUAAACUCUUUGAACGACUUGUACGAGUACGCGAACAUUCCCAAUAUCAUGCUAACCCACGUGAUUCUCCCGACGAAGUCGAGCAGGUUUAUGGAGUGUAUGUUGCUUUUGACCCGAUUGGUGUUGAGCGAGGUUUUGAGAAAUAAAUUCAGAAGAACUGUAUGCUUGCCGUUGGCAGAUGAGAGUGAAAGCUUCAGGAAGCAUUACCUCUCGAUCGAAGCGGAUAAUGCGAGGAAACUCAGGGAUUUUCAAGAGCUUUUGAAGGAUAAAGAAGAGGAGCACAAAGCGAACGAAAAAACUGUACGGAAAGUAGAUGAAGAGAUGCGGGAAAGUGUUUCUAGAUUAAAUUCUGCAAACAUGCUGUUUGUAGAAAAAUAUCCUAUUUAUGCUAAUUUAGGUGAUAAAUUCGAAGCAUUGCACGAGAUGAUGCGAAAAAUCCAACAAAUAAACGAGCUAUCUAAAUCCUGCAAAGCCUUACAAUCUUACUUAGAUGAUACUAAUUUGGUGCUAGAAGUUAAUAAUGAAACAUCAUCUAACCAAGUUUCAAGUUUAUUAGAAUUCAUUAAAGCCCUAACGCAUUUAUUACAGUCCAAAUUAUCAUUUAAACUGCCUACACCAAGCUGCUCGGAAAUAAGCUCGAAUUCAAACACCCUGUACGAAAUUGAGAAAGAUUUUGUUAUCCUUCGGAACGCUCUAACCAUCAGAAAAGAACAAACCCAGUUGAUGAUAAAACAAAUUGAUGAAAUGUGAUUAUUAAAAUACCGUCUAAAUGUAAAUUUUUAUAUUAUAA